AUGUACCGAGUCUCCCGAGCCCUCUCCCGAUCGACGCUGUCGGCGCUGUCACGCAGCAGCAACUGCCUGUCGACGCCGGCCAUCUCGGCGGUCCACGCGCAGCAGUCUCGCCGCGGCGCCGCCAAGGACAUCAAGUUCGGCGCCGACGUGCGCUCGCAGAUGCUCACCGGCGUGGACGUGCUCGCCGACGCCGUCGCCGUGACCAUGGGCCCCAAGGGCCGCAAUGUGAUCAUCGAGCAGAGCUGGGGCAGCCCCAAGAUCACCAAGGACGGCGUGACGGUGGCGAAGGCCAUUGAGCUGAAGGACAAGUUCCAGAACAUCGGCGCCAAGCUGGUGCAGGACGUGGCGAACAACACCAACGAGGAGGCCGGCGACGGAACGACGACGGCCACCGUCCUCGCCCGGGCCAUCGCCAAGGAGGGCUUUGAGAAGAUCAGCAAGGGCGCCAAUCCGAUUGAGAUCCGCCGCGGGGUGAUGCUCGCGGUGGAGCACGUCGUCGAGAAGCUGAAGUCCUUCUCGAAGCCGGUCACCACGCCGGAGGAGAUCUGCCAGGUGGCGACCAUCUCCGCCAACGGCGACAAGAUCAUCGGCGACCUGAUCUCCUCGGCGAUGAAGCGCGUCGGCAGCGACGGCGUCGUCACCGUCAAGGACGGCAAGACGCUCUCCGACGAGCUGGAGGUGAUCGAGGGCAUGAAGUUCGACCGCGGCUACAUCUCCCCCUACUUCCUCACGAAGGGCAACAAGGUGGAAUUUCAGGACGCCCUCCUCCUCAUCACCGAGAAGAAGAUCUCCACGGCGCAGUCGAUCAUUCCCGCGCUGGAGCUGGCGGUCAACCAGCGCAAGCCGCUGGUGAUCAUCGCCGAGGACCUGGACGGUGACGCCCUCACCACGCUGAUCAUCAACAAGCUGAAGAUCAACCUGCAGGUGGCGGCGGUGAAGGCGCCCGGCUUUGGCGACAACCGCAAGGCCACCCUCCAGGACAUUGCCGUCGCCACUGGUGGCAUUGUCUUUGGCGACGAGGCCAGCCUCAACAAGAUUGAGGACAUUCAGCUGUCGGACUUUGGCCAGGUGGGCGAGGUGACCAUCACCAAGGAUGACACGCUGCUGCUCAAGGGCCGCGGCCAGAAGGGCGAGGUGGACAAGCGCGUGGAGCACAUCAAGUCGGAGAUUGAGAACACCAACUCCGAGUACGAGAAGGAGAAGCUGAGCGAGCGCCUGGCCCGACUGGCCAGUGGCGUGGCCGUCCUCAAGGUGGGCGGCUCCAGUGAGGUGGAGGUGGGCGAGAAGAAGGACCGCGUCACUGAUGCGCUGAACGCCACGCGGGCCGCCAUUGAGGAGGGCAUUGUUCCCGGGGGCGGCACCGCCCUCCUGCGCACCAUCAAGCACCUGGACGAGCUGACGGCGGCCAACGAUGACCAGAAGGUGGGCAUUGACCUGGUGCGCAGCGCCCUCAAGCAGCCCUGCAUGCAGAUUGCGAAGAACGCCGGCGUCGACGCCUCGGUGGUCGUCUCGAAGGUGCUCGAGUCCUCGGAGCUCAACUUUGGCUACGACGCCCUGGAGGGCAAGUACUGCAAUCUCAUUGAGGAGGGCAUCAUCGACCCCACCAAGGUGGUCCGUACGGCGCUGAUGGACGCCGCCGGAGUGGCCUCGCUGCUGACCACCGCCGAGUCGGUCAUUUGCGAGACGCCGAAGGAGGACGCUCCCGCUGGCAUGCCUGGCAUGGGCGGAAUGGGAGGCAUGGGCGGUAUGGGAGGAAUGGGUGGCUUCUAA